GGACACGUCUUCAUCCCGGUCAUCGAUUCAAACCACAAAAUUCGGGCAAAACAAGGAAAACCAGUCCACGGAUCGUGUAUUUCCAUCGUUUUCCAUGAGUGACAUGUCAUGCGCAGCUCAUCAAAGCACAGAGUUGUUAUUGCCAUCCGUGCCAUGUCUACUUAAAUCAAGUCGCGAACAGCCCAACAUGGAAUGCAUUGGGCACUGAACACGCCAUGAAUUUAUCCUAUACAACUACCCAUAUAAAACCUGUAUUUUAUGCCCCCUGUUAUCCUUAAAGGAGCUCCAAGGCAAACAGAACUUUCCAUGCUCUGUUUCUUCUCACAGUAGAAAUGGCAACGGGAGCGAGGAAAGAAGACAAGAACGAGAAGCUUAUACGGGCUAUUUCCAAGCUCAAAGAAAACAAAACAUGCAUAAAUUGUAACACUCUGGUUCCACAGUAUGUGUGCACAAAUUUUUGGACUUUUGUCUGUUUGACAUGCAGCGGCAUACAUCGGGAGUUCACUCAUCGCGUGAAAUCCAUAUCAAUGUGCAAGUUUACUGCCGCAGAAGUGGGAGCUCUGAAUGCAGGGGGGAACCAUCGCGCUCGAAAUAUGUACUUGGCAAACUGGGAUUUUCAGCGGAACAGCCUGCCCAAUUGCAGUAAUAUCGAUACACUCCGCUGCUUCAUUAAAGAGGUUUAUGUGGACAUGCGAUACGUCGCUCGCAAUACUAUGGAAGAUUAUGGGAGGUUUUCUAUUGAUAGUCGAUGCCGGUAUAAAGCAGGAGAAGGUGAUUUGCGUUCCUCCAGCUAUAAUGAGGAGAGACGCUCUUCAAUUAGUAUUACUGGUAACUAUACACAAUACCCAUAUGAUUAUGAUGGGGGAUUUAAAAGCAUUAGUAACAGGCAUCAGGUUGACGGAGAUGGAGAGUGGGGAACACUUUUUUUUCAAACGCAAGGAGGGCACUACGCUGGAAAAGGAGCAAGAACUUUCUCACAUAAAUCUGAAAAAAUAAAUGAUGGUUUGCUUCUGGAUGGCAAUGACAAACAUAUUCACGUGCCCAAAUAUGCAUCUGUUUGUAACGGGAGCCAAGCCAAAUACAAUCUUGCAGUACUUAAAAGGGCUGACUCAGAUAGCUUGAUAGAGCUUGGGAAAGAUGACUCCAACUUAGCAAAAGGGACUUGUCCUGAUCGUAUAGCCAUUCAAAAGUUGAGUUCAGUCAAUGAAACAUGGCUAAGUCCAGUAAAUGAAGGAUGGGCAACAUUUGAUGUGCAUAGUCCAGUUCCCCAGAGAGAAGUGAUGGUUCUGAGUAGGGAUCCAUUAGGUUUGCUUCAGAUAAGCGAUGCACAAACCUUGGAAAGUAGAGCGAUUGAUCUACCUGUACCAGGAAACACUAGCAAUGGAUCUCUGGUGUCACAACCAUCAUAUCCGCACUGCUCGUUAAAAGAAACCUCACAGCAGCAGAACCCUUUUUCUUCAACAGCUUAUGUUGAAGAUUUGCACCAAUCGGGAUGUAGAUGGGAACCAUACAAUAUUUCCACAAGCACGAGUGACAGCACAUGCUCAUCUGAUUCAUGGAACUUAAAGGAAUCAUGCUCAAGCAUUGUUCAACAACGGAAGUCCAAAAAUCCCUUUGAUAUUCCUGAGGAGUAUGUGCCGUCAUCUAAUAUAUCAACCAAUGGACAGUUCCCAAGCAUGGACACACUUCACAUGGCAUUGCCUGUUCUAGACUCUUUUCCACCAGUUUCGCUUCAGUCAGAGUGGGCACCUACAGAAAUUAACAAGCAGAAGCCCUUGAACAGUUCUGCAGUUGCAGAGUAUUGUAAUCACAUGCCAGUAAAUUCAUCAAGUACACUACAAGUUGCAACGUUGGGACAUGCUAUGGUAAGUGUCAAUUUGGAUGGACAACUUGUUGGUUCAGCCAUUCCAUAUGAUUCACGUUUACAACUUCCAGUUCAAAGCCCUAUCCGGACUCUAUGCAGCAGUAACCCUUUUGAAUGAUUGUAUUAUUCUAUUAUGUAUUCCUUUUAAUUGUUAAAAAAUACUCUGUAAAGAUUUAUCAUAAUAUAAAUUGAACCUUCUACCA